AUGGAACGCGAAGCGAGCAUCAGCCCCAAGGCGCUCCUGGAGCCCGAGCAGCCGUACAAGCCCCACGAUGUCCUCGACGAGACGGCCAAGACGGCGCUCGUCGGCCUCGGCAGCGGCUUCUUCCUCGCCGCCAUCCGGAACGCCAUGUCGAAGCGCAACGUCGGCGCCAUGAGCGUCUUUACCCGUGGCGCACCCAUCAUUGGCAUCUGCGCUGCCGGCCCCGGUGCCUACGCCUUCUUCUCCCGAACGAUGAUGAACCUGCGCGAAAAGGACGAUGCCUGGGCCGCGGCCUUUGGUGGUUUCAUGUGCGGUGGUGUCCUCGGUCUGCCAUCUCGCCGUAUGCCCGUUGUCAUGGGUAUCGGCGCCCUGAUCGGUGGUCUCCAGGGCACCCUCCACCUGUUCGGCGCCCGUAUCGACAGCUUCAAGAAGGAGGACGACGAGUUUGCGCGCAAGGAGACGGUCCGGCGGACGACGCGGGUGCCCAUCGAGCAGACGAUUUCCGAGGUCGGCGAGGGACGAGGCAUCCGUGCCCCCGGCUACGAGGAGCGGAGGAGGGAGCUCAUCAAGGAAAAGUACGGAUUCGAGGUCAACCCGGUCAACGCCACCGUCGAGGGCAGCCAAUAG